AUGGAGUCCAUUUUCUCAUACUACAUGGUCGAUAUGGAUAGUCAAGUGAAGCAAGUCUUUCAUGAAGACCGAUUUGAUAGCGAACAUAGGCUAGAGGAGGAGGAAAAUGACUUGGCUGAGAUUCAUGUCGCGAGGAAGCUUGCGGAUGCAGCCUUGCGGCACAUUGCAAACCCGUCUUGUCAGAAUCCACAUACUGUUCUGCUACAGUUGAAUGGGUUUCAUGAAGGCAAAAUCGAUACAAUCAUGACGGUGUGUCGCCCAAGCAAUAUACCAAAAUGGCAUCCUGUUAGGUGGAUACGCAGUCCCAAGCAAGGAUCGGAGAAUGAGGCAUCUCGAAACCCAACACCGACAAUCUGCGAGCAUGUGACCAGGUCAAGACCACCAAAGACUCGCCUCCGUAUCGAAGUCUAUCCCAGCGGCUCUUGGAAGCGACUACCUCCGGAACCGAUGGAUCGUAUGGCCAGCUAUGCAAUUUGUCCUAACACCGCCUUGCAGGAGGUCCUAACUGCAGAGGCCGUAUUGCUCGAGACGGCGGACCGACUAGAUCUUUCAGUAAAAGUGGUGAGAUCACUGCUCUGUCUGAUCGGUAGUCCAUUCCUCCAAGGAGCCUGGAAAUCAGCAGACAUAUUGUUUUCGAAGAACACCACGGAAGCCGAUGACGAGCAAAAGAAAAUCUACAUGUUGGAAGAGGUACAGACCAACGCUCUUGGGAAGUUGACCUCUCCCUCCAGCAAAAGAUCCGUUAUACUCGACCUCGGUUUGCUGCUCUGGGAAUCAUUUUAUGCACAGAAAAUCAACGUGACUGAAGAUGACGAAGAGGCCGACGAAGAGGACGAAACGUUACCACUCUUCAAUGCGCUGAAUCGUGAAAUGAACAAGGUGCGCCGGACAUGCGCUGGAGAUAACGUGCCGUGGCUGGACAUCAUUUCCAACUGUCUUAAUGCAUACAGUGAGGAUGAGUUGGAUAACGAAAAACUUCGCACCAAUCUAUACAUCACAAUCUUCAAGCCGCUGCGCGAGUGUCUGAAGUCUUACCAGCCUCGGAUUACCAACACCAAGGGAGUGGUUUCAAGACCGGUACCAUCUCCCUCGUUGAAAUCUCAUUUUAGCGAGAGGCAACAGCUUGACCAAAGAUAUAUCUCUGCAACUAUGAACACAGAAUCUCCGACACCAACGAUGCAAAUCGCAACAACAAGCAACCGGCCUCUUUUAUUGGACACCGUACAGACUACUGACAGUUGGUCCUGGCUAGAAAGAUUUGAUAUUGCCAACAGACAACUGGCGAGUUUCGCCAACUGCAACCAGUCACAUCCAGUCAAAAUUGCCAUUCUCGACACUGGCUGCAACAUGGACGAUCCUUUUUUCGCAGGUCCCGGGAUUUACCGCGCCGAUCCAACUGUGAGGUGGAUUGACUUCGUAGACGGAACUCUUGAACCAGUUGACGAAGACCAAGAACAACACGGCACAGCUCUUACAUGCUUGUUACUGCGACUAGCUCCCGACGCUACUAUCUUUGUUGCUCGUGUUGCAAGAGAUUCCGAUGGCCUUUCAGUGGCCAGAGAAAUUGUAGCAAAGGCGGGUCAAUCUCAUUACCAUUCUACAUUCGCUUCUAGCUACUUUGGGCUAAUAAUAUGUUCUCAGGCUAUAUUGCAUGCUGUUCGAGAGUGGGAUGUUGAUAUCAUCUCCAUGUCAUUUGGCUUUAGCGAUCAAGUCAUGUCAAUUGUCGAUGCGAUGGAACAGGCUAAGAGGAUAAAAGAGGGUAGGUUGCUAUUUUUCGCGGCUGCCAACAACGACGGGCUAAACGGACCCGAAAUGUUCCCCGCACUCUAUGAAUCCGUCAUCUCUGUUCGAGGCACAAACUAUGACGGGUCAUUUAUUGCACAGUAUGAUCCCAAAACAUGGGGCCACAAGGAGGGGUCACACUGCGGCACGCUAGCACGCGAUGUGUACUGGGGGUGGGUGCAAGACGAGAGUUUCAUGAAAUCAGGCUGCUCGGUAGCAACACCUAUAAUGGUUGCGAUAGCGGCUGGACUGAUAUCAUUCGUGGAACAGGAAACGCACCUAAUACACCACAGAAAUCUCAUUCGGACCAGGCGGGGAAUGCUGUCUGUUUUCAAUCAUAUGGCUGAUGGACAACCUGAAAGGAGCCGAAGAGUCUAUUUGGCGCCAUGGCAACUGUUCAAGAACAAUCAGUCUCCACGGAGUCUGGUCGAAUAUGCGCUGUCUCUACUACCACAGAUAACUGCGGCUUAG